AUGGGAGUGGGGGCUCUUAUUUCCAUCCAACACGUGGUGUCUGGGACACGGGGAGACCCUACAGUAAACAAGGAGGACCCUACAGUAAACACGGGGGGCCGUGCGGGGUGCGAGGCCGUGCGGGGUGUGAGGCCGUGCGGGGUGCGAGCCGUGUCCCCGUGCCCAGGGAAGCCCUUCGUGCCCAAGAACCCGACGCGGGAGAUCCCCCGGGAGGAGCAGAUCACGCUGGAGCCCGAGCUGGAGGAGGCCCUGGCCAACGCCACCGAGGCCGAGAUGUGCGACAUCGCCGGUGGGUCUCGCACGGGGAUGUCCCUCGCACCACAGCCUCGCACGGGGCUGCCAUGCCACACAACAACCUUGCACGAGGCUUCCAUGCCACACAACAACCUUGCAUGGGGGAAGCCCUUCGUGCCCAAGAACCCGACGCGGGAGAUCCCCCGGGAGGAGCAGAUCACGCUGGAGCCCGAGCUGGAGGAGGCCCUGGCCAACGCCACCGAGGCCGAGAUGUGCGACAUCGCCGGGAAGCCCUUCGUGCCCAAGAACCCGACGCGGGAGAUCCCCCGGGAGGAGCAGAUCACGCUGGAGCCCGAGCUGGAGGAGGCCCUGGCCAACGCCACCGAGGCCGAGAUGUGCGACAUCGAAAGGGGACACAGGGUCCACAGGGCUGUUCGGGGGGGGAAUUUGGGGACUAGAACCCCUCCAGAACCCACCGCGGCGACACCACAUGUGUGCAAACAUACAUGUCUCCACGUGUCCCCCCGUGCACACGCGUGUGCCCCAGGUGUGGUGAAGCCCGACAAGUACAAGCCGGUGCCGGACGAGCCCCCGAAUCCCACCAACGUGGAGGAGACGCUGCGGCAGAUCCAGGCCAACGACGGGGCUCUGGAGGAAGUCAACCUCAACAACAUCAAGGACAUUCCCAUCUCCACGCUGAAGGCCAUCUGUGAGGCCAUGAAAACCAACACCCACGUCAAGAAGCUCAGCCUGGUCGCCACCCGCAGCAACGACCCCGUGGCCAACGCGGUGGCCGAGAUGCUGAUGGAGAACAAGACCCUGCAGAGCCUCAACAUCGAAUCCAACUUCAUCACCAGCGCCGGGAUGAUGAGCAUCAUCAAGGCCAUGUACAACAACACCACGCUGAGCGAGCUCAAGGUGGACAACCAGUGCCAGCGGCUGGGUGACACGGUGGAGAUGGAGAUGGCCACCAUGCUGGAGCAGUGCCCCUCCGUCGUGCGCUUCGGCUACCACUUCACGCAGCAAGGCCCCCGCGCCCGCGCCGCCAUCGCCAUCACCAACAACAACGAGCUCCGUCGCAAGCAGAAGAAAACCUAAGGCCCCCCCCCCCCCCCCC